AUGCACAAGACCGUCCUUGUAGUUGCUUUCAUUGCCGUCGCUGUCAUGACAGCCCAAGUUCAUGGCUUUGGGUUUGGAGCGUUUGGAGGAGGCUAUCAAGGCCUAGGUCUCGGUGGUGGAUAUGGCGGAGGCUAUGGCGGGUAUGGAGGAGGCUAUGGUGGAUAUGGAGGAGGCUAUGGUGGAUAUGGUGGAGGCUUUGGCGCUUAUGGAGGAGGUUUAGGUGGAUAUGGAGGAGGUUUGGGCGGAUCUGGAGGAGGCUUUGGCGGUUAUGGCGGAGGUUUGGGUGGAUUUGGAGCUGGUUAUGGAUUUGGAG